GGUCAGCCGAUACAGAUAAGUAAAUGGUAUAUAAGGUAACAUUCCAAAAGUAUUCGACAUAAAGUUUGAAACUAUCGUUCUAUUCGUUAAUCCCUGUUUGAACAACAUGGCUUUCAAAAUCGCUUGCUUGGUCCUGGCACUGGCUGUAGCCUGCUACGGAUCCCCUCACUACGGCGGCGGUAACCAAGGUUACGGUGGUGGCCAAGGAGGCUACGGUGGUGGCCAAGGAGGCUACGGUGGCGGCCAAGGCGGUUUCGGCGGCAACCAAGGUAGCCAGGGCGGUUUCGGCGGACACCAGGGCGGUCAGAGCGGUUUUGGCGGGCCCCAAGGCGGCCAGGGUGGUUUUGGUGGGCCCCAAGGAGGCCAAGGCUUCGGAGGACAACACGGUGACCAAGGUUUCGGACAGGGUGGUCAUGGACAACAGGGCUUCGGGCAAGGUCAAGGUCAGGGUGGUUUCGGAGGCCAAGGAGGUAACAGUGGCUUUGGAUCCGGAGGCCACAGCGGACAUGGGGGCCACGGUCACCAAGGAGGCUACCAGCAACACGGAUACUAGAUAUUAAAAAAAAGAACUGAUUGACUGAUGGAAUUUUUAUGUAAUAGGUUUAACUGUGAUUAAUAAACGAGUGGAAUUUUGUUUACCAAUA